UCAGAGCUCACUGCAUGUCUACACAAGGCGAUGGUCGUCUAAAGUUCACUUAUCAUCCAAGUCCCCUUAACAAAGUCAAAAUCCCCUGGAAGCUGUCAAUGUUCGAUACUCCCGACAUUCCGACACUUGUUUCAGUCUCACGCCAGGCCUGCCCAUGGUGUUGCAUCCUCUGCCAGCAACGUGGCGGUUAGAUGGACACAUCGCCAGCGUAAGAGUGACACUAAAGUGAAUGCCUGGGGGUAGCGGACUAGCAUAACGGAUCGAUAAGGAGGAUUCUAUGGGAGAGUACCAUCCACCACGAAACAAGACCGCUUUGCCGCUUUUUACACUCUCCGACCAGGCCACACAAAGACAAUGGUUUCAGCAUAGCGUUAAAAGUCCCUAGAUCAGGCACGUCAUAAGCUGAAAGGGUGGGAGAAGAAGCACUUUGAUUGGACCCAGUUCCGAAUCUAUCUACGCAUAAAAUCAGUCGGUGCUAUCUCGAUUCACAACCGACGCCUCAGUGGAAUUACUUCUGUCAUUUACAAGACAUCUUGCUUCAAGGAAUUUCGCAAUAUUGACCCCAAGAGAUGCUCAAGCAGGAGGUCAAAGUUAUUUAGUCAACGUUGUGAUGUCAUGAGAAUAUCGGGCUGCCACUGGAUUAAGCUUUAGUGUACAUCAGAUGCGCUCGCUGUUCCUCUAGUCAACACAAUCCAGAAAUGUAUUCCACGCAAGGAACGUGGUGUGUUUUGAUGUUGCUGCACAUGGUUCUUUUGCUUAAUGUGCAGUAUUCCAGAGCAGGGAAAAAUCUUCCCGAGGUAUGUAAUGAACUUUCCGCCGUGGCAACAGGCAUUGGGAAAUACACGGAGAUUGUUUCGCGCCAAAGUAAUGUCGUCUGUCGGGAGUCUGCUGCCGGCUUAAUCGUCUGGUCACACUGGACAUCCAAGAGGAAUGCCAUCCUCAGAGUUGUGAUUCGACGCUGUCCAAGGGUAGAACGAAUGUGGGUGAUGACAGAAGAUGGUGCACACUUUCUGCCUACGUCAUCAAAUCUGAAGAUUACGUCAUGCACGUAUCCCAAUGACACGGUGAUCGUGCCCGCGACUGGACGUACCAAGGAGAAACUGGAUAUCCACACAUUAUCUUCCAGCGGAGUAAACAUCGUUGUUUUGGUAGCAGAGCAGGACGGAGCUGGCACGCUGUAUACAACUCACAAGUACCAUCUUGCUCCACAGACCAAACACAGGCAUCACCGACCACGCCGUGAAGCGGAACCAAAACCCGAACCGGCGUCUGAUGAUGCUGCCGUUUCCCCUUUCCCGCUCAGCCAGUGUGGUGAAAACCGGACGUGUAUCAGAUACGGUGCGUCCGAUUGUGAUCACAUGACCUGUGACUACUUCCUGUCAUAUCACGUGAUCAACGCUAAUAGUGUGGACCUGGAAUUGAGCGGAAAGAGCAAAGGAUGGGUAGCCGUGGGGUUCUCGUCGGACGCAAAAAUGGGCGGAGAUGAUGACGUCAUAGCGUGCAAGCUGAAGGACGAAUCGUCAAAUGCCAUCCAGGUGGCCUCGCUGACCAACAUCGUCGCCCACUCCGCUCCGGAACCCAAACCAAGCGCCCUGACCUUGAAAAGUUCGCAGUGCAAGGACGGCUAUAUUUACUGCCGGGUCACGCGACUCCUCAAGGUCGACAAGAGGAAUAACCUGGAUUUUUCAAACGAUUGGUUUCAGCUUUAUGCACGUGGUUCAGUUGGAAGUAGUGGAGUCAUGCUUCAACACGAUAAAACUCCCUUCACUUCGGAUGACAAAAUCACCAUGCUAAUACCAACCAACAAGUUCACAUCUUCCGCUAGCAGCCGCCAUCUUUAUUCAAUAGGCCUCCUGAGUCUCGUGAUGUCUCGUCUCGCUGUUUCCUGACGAGAUCACGCAUCACGAGCUCCACCUAUCUGCCUCUAAUUUUCUCCAGCCUGAUUUCUGCCUGCUCAGCGGAAUUCAAUCUUUCGGCCGAGAGAUCGGGUAUUUUCGAUAAAAUCCGGUCGGGUAUUUGGUGAUAAUGUCGGUUCAACAGAUCCCGUGGCGUAGUGAAAAAAUACAAUACGGAUGAAUGAAAGAAAAUCCAGUUUAGUAUUCAUGUAAUGAAAACGACGAUUAACGUACUUAAGAUGAACUAUGUUUACAAGUUUUAUAUCUAAGAAAAUCGUCUCUUUGUGCCAGAAAUUCAUUUACCCAAUUAUGCACGUAAACAAAUUACAUUAAGGCCUAACCAUAAGCAAAAGGAUCUGCCGUGUCUCACAACAUACAUUCAUUAACGGCUCUGUCCUUAGCAAAUACGUGCUUACUAAUACCAUUUGAAGACAUUGAUACCAUUUUCACGAGAAACGUACGUAUGGCUGUUGAAUCGUAAUUUCCCCUAAAGCCUGCUACUGUUUUGAGAGAUCCGGCUCCAGCUCAAAGAAGCAAUCUCGCGAGAUUCUCAUUCUGGCAUGGAUCCCUUUUAUUUCGAUGGGAAUAAUUGCAUCAUGGCUGACUGUUUGCGCUAAUCCAGCGUUGUUGAUUUGUUUUUGUUCCUCGGAGUGCCAAGGACACGGGGUUUUUUAAACCAAAUGCUUCAGUUAACCCAUCAGUGAUGAAGAUAGCAUACGUUCAAGAAAUCAAUAGAUUCGCAUGAUGCAUGAUGUGCAACUUGGGUUUGCGCGAGACUGUUUGAAGCCCAUGUUAAGAGAGACUGGACAUCCGUCUUGUAUCAAUCACGAUAUAAGAUUCUUUUGGAGGAUUUGUAGAAAAGUUGGAGUAUAAGAUGGAUGCGACAGGAUAUCAACUUUUUUAUAUUUGUAAGAGAACUUUGGAUGUAGAUUCUUUACUGUUAUUGAGGAAAUGACAUUGCAUGUGGCAAGCUAAUGACGCAAUUACAAAACGAGAAAAUCACUGUUACAAUAAAAUCUAUCAGGCAACAACUAAAUGACGUCAGACAAGUAAAUCGAUCAGCAAAAAGUGAGACAUCACGCAACUCCAAUGAUUGCAGUAGUCGUUAGCUUCACAAAGUUGUGUGAAGCUGUUCCUGAAGGCCCUCUGACCUUUAAUGAUGCAGUUGCCAUCGGUAUUGUCACUUUCAGUUGUCAGAUAUUUCAAGCGUUUUCAUUUUUAUAACUACAGAGAAUGUGUUAGAAAUCAGUAUCUAAGAAGACUGUUAUUUAGAGAAAGACAUCGAGCGACACCCAAAGUCUGGUUGUCAUAGACACGUCAUAAUGGAAUCACUCCCUGGAUACCUCCCUGUGAGAACUUAAGUUUGCUUUGAAAUUAAGCAGCGCUUAGAAUCUGCGCUUGAUGGCUACCUUUAAAACACGUAUCUUAAAAUAUCGCAAUAUUGUAGAUGUUAUUCAAUUUUGUGUAUAUCUUAUUGUUGAGCAGGGAUUUAUGUACAUCCGAACUGUAAGGACACUCUUGCUACCUGUAUACAGGUAUGUAAGUAGAAGAUGAGUAAGACAGUAUUGUCUCCAAAACGUUGUCUUCCUAUGUAAGCACAUGCUUCCGGUUGUAUUAAUUAUUAUUUUUUUAAAUCAUUUUUUUAUUUAAAUGUGUUAUAUAUUUUUGCAAAAUAGCCAGAAAACAAAUGACCUUGUAGAUGAAUUUGGAUUGGUAGGUGGCAAAAAUACUUAUUUAUAAAACUAAAAACUCACAACGGCAUAUCUCUGUCAUUUAUUUCUUGUCAAAGCGAUCUUUUCCGUCGGUGUAUUAAAAACAAAUGGUUCAU